AUGAAGCUAAGUUCCCAAGAGAACAAUUCUCAUCCUGAUGAUAUUGAAAUUCCAAUGACUUCGCCAAACGUCUCAGACUCAGAGGAAGAGCUGGAGACAUUAACCUUAUCAAAUACAAAGCUUGAUUUGAUUUUAAAUUCAAAACUUCAGAAACAUCAUACAUUUAUACCCAGAAGAACUGGUGCCUUGAGCUCGCAUUUAAGCAGAUCAAUAAAUAAUGCAUUUCUAAAAGCUGUUAGCAUUCCAAAGACAAUUGAAGGAAGCGCAUCGGCAUCUUUAAACAGUCAUAAUCCCCUGUUGAACACAGAUACCACGUCCAUUUACUCUUUAGAUGCAAUACAAGACUAUAGGAGGUCAAAUAGAAGAAGAAAUAUUUCAUUUUAUCAACAGCAUAUUUAUACAAUUGACUCUGUGUCGUAUACACUUAGAAUAUCAUUGGAGGAUGCCACUGAGCUUGUUAAACAAAGGCCUGAGAUUAUUGAGAUGUAUCAUAUAGGAAAACUUGAGAAAUAUUUAAGAAAUGGCUUCAAAUUGGAUGAGCCAAAAGAGCCUAAAAUACCUGAGGGGGCGAAGAAGAGCGUUUCACAAAUACCCAUAGAAACAUCCGAAGAAAGUGAUGUAGUUUUGUCUCAAAAUGAUCUAGAAAAAGAUCCAUUAAGCUCAGAUUCUGAUUCGUCCUUUGAUAGUGAUUCAGAAGAUGUCAAUGAACAAAAUACCAAAGAAACAACUUUUGUGUUUCGUGGAAGACAAUAUAAGGAUUUGGAUGCUGUUUCCAGAGCAUCAGGGCUACCCAAGUCAUUCUUUUCAAUGAAGAGCUCUACACAUGUCCAACCCGUAAAGAGAGGUAAAAACAAUCAAGUGACACAAAGAGCUGGUGUUGCUAAGAAGAAAAGAUCGAUUGCCCCAUCUACUGGAUCUUUGGAUAAUGGUAAUAUGUUCACUACUGAUAAUAAUCUGAAAGAGACAACUCCAUUGGAUUCGUCAAAUUUUACUGCACAUCAAGAAGAGUUUGAAGUGUCAAGUAAUGAUGAAGAUGUGGAUGUUUUAGAGUAUAGCAAAUAUGACCGUGAGCACCCAAAUUCGGGGACUACUAAAUUGGAUGAUGUCGAUGAGGUGGCUGCUCGUUAUGAUGGUCGGUACCUUGAUGAUUAUGAUCAAACUGAUGAAGAUUUUGAUGAAGCUGAACAAUUCCAAGUUGAAGAUGAUGUUAUGUUUGUUGGACAAAGAGAAGUACAAGGGUUCCCAAGGAAAGAUAAUUAUGACUUCUCAAACGCUGAUUUUAGCUCUGAAAGUGAUUUCUUUAUGGAAGGAAAAAGUCACAACAACAAAAAUACAAAACAAACUCAGGGUGAACCUGGCCUCAUAGAUGUCAUGCUAUCAAAAAGCGCUAAUUCUAAAAAGACAAUCAGAUCAAUUAAUAGCCAACAUAAAAGUUCAAGAAAUUUACAAGGUCGUCAACACGUUACUUCUCGGUAUUCAAAUAUAGGAAAAAGACAAAAGCCAAAAGAUAAAACUCGUAAACUUAAAAGAGUUUCUAGAAUUCAACUUCUGUCCAAAAAUAUUGAUCGUAAUUCAGUGGCAAGGAGUGAGGCUGCACAAACACUGGAAUCUGAUAAACCUCCCAAGAAACAGAGAAAGACAAAUUUAUGGGUCAAUCCAGUUUUAUCAAACUAUCAAAAUACCGGCUCUACAAUUGUUUAUGAAGGUAUCGGUGCACCUACUGAUAAUUCAACUAGAUAUGUCUUUCAACCUCAACCAGGUAACCAAGAAAUUAUGAAGACUGCCUCUGAGACUGUUGAUCAUCUGUUUUGUGGUUUUGAAUGGGUAUUCAAGAGGUCAUCAUGCUAUAAAAUUUUAUUUGAUGGAGCUGGCGGAAAAUUGGAUUCCACCUUUUCAAUCACGUUAUCUGGUAAUACCAUAACAUUUUCCAAUUACAGAACAGAUCAAAUUGAACAACUACAAUUUUUUUUCAAGAUUUUAUCAAGUUUACAAAGUAUUAAAUUAUCUACCAAUUUAUUUGAGAAAAUUGAUGCUGUUGUAUGUUUUUGCUCUACUUUAUCUGUUAAUGAUAUCAGGUCUUUAGUGGUUAUUUUAGAUGAUUUUGUCUUGAGGAUUGAGUCCAGUAUUAGGAAAAAGGGACAAGUUAAAGAUUCAGAAUUAUUUCUAUUGAGCUCUUCAUUGCUAUUUUAUCAUCUAGUUGCAUAUGUUUACAAGAAGAAUCACAUUCAGGGAUAUGAUCUAAACUCAAAAUUACUAUUUGUGAUGAACAUAUAUAUUGAAGUAUUGUGUUACAUUAGUGGUUCAAUUGUUUCUCAAAAAAUUAAAGAAAAUGGACAUUUUUCACAAGCGCUAAUCAUAGCAAUUCAUUCUUCUUCAAAAAAUUUCACUUCAGUUCUUGAAAACUCUAAUUUACCAGAUUUACAAUUUUUAUCAGUUAUUUGCCAACUAUACAAACCUUCAGUUCCAUUGUGGUCGCCUGUUACAAAACUUCUUAAGGAAAAAUUAUCUAAUUCGUCUGGUGGUCUUAGAAAUGAUAUAAAAGUCAUAUAUUUCAUCAAAUUAAGAUAUGGAUGGGAAUUGAAUGAAGAUUUGUUAGUUAUAAUUUAUGAGAUUUUGAAAGCAAAUAAAUUUGGUAAUUUCAAUGAUGAGAAUUCAUACCCAGUAAUUUUUUCAGAGUUUGGAAUAAACAAAGAUACAGCGUUGAAUAUAUAUCUCAAUAUGCUUAUUGAAUUCAGCAAAGAAUCAUCAUCACUUUCGGGAAGGUUUCUUGAAAAAAUUAUUCCAGUUUCCAAAAUUACACAAAUGGAACUUCCAACGUUUUGUAACAGAGUUAAUAUACUACUUUGUCUUGCACUCAUUUUCAAAAAAAAUUUUGAAUCUAGGGUAGACCAAAUUUUAUUAAACAUUGAGGUGAAAGAUAAAAUUAUUCUUCAAAAAAUGAUAAGAGCUCUAGAACAGAUGAUUAAAAUUAAUGAUAGGAAUGGGUUCCCUUCUAAACUUAAACCAUUGGUAAAUAUCAUAGAAAAAUGUGUUAAUUUCAAUGAAAUUGAUCAAAUUAAACAAGUUUUACUUUCACUUGAUGAUGAAAACCUUCAUGCAAAAACCAAACAAAGUAUAAUUGAAGCAAUUUCUUAUUUCAGUAGAGAAGAUAAAGUGAUCACAGCAUUUUCUCAAUUUAUUAGAAAUUAUGUUAAUCAUGUGAAUGAUCGGAAAGAUUUUGAAUUUUUAAAAUCAAAUUUUAGUGAUUUAAAUCCUUCCAAGCAUGCUAAUUUGUGGUGUUUAAUAAAUGGGAAAUUAAUUUCUAAUGAUUUAGAGAAUUGGAGUCGUUUAAUAAACUUUAAUGAUUUCCAAGAUGAACCAUUUAUUUAUUCAUAUAUUUUAAGACAUUCAGGUUUACAAAUUUAUCAAUUAGAGAAGGAAAAAUUUAUAAUAGUUUUAGCAAAAGCUUUAACUUCAUUCAAGAUCAGUGGUAGUUUAAAUUCAUAUAUAAGGGAAUUAGAAAAACUUGAUCCUGGUUUAGUUUCUUCCAAAGGUGUUUUAGUUCAAUCACAUAAACUUCAAUUUGCUAUUGAUUUAAUUUCUAAAAUUAUGAUUAAUGAAACAAAUUAUCUUAAAUCUCGAGUUUUUUCAUUUUUAUUAAUUCAUUUGAAAAAAGAAUAUGAAAUUUCAAAAGGGUCAAUUCAUUAUAAAAAUUUUUUACAUAAUAUUGUUCAACAUAUUGAUAAAUUUACUGAUGAUUUCCCAGCUAGUUUAAUUGAUUUUUGGAGACUUAAAUCAUUACUUGGUAUAAAAUCAUCACCAUUAGAAAUUGAUGCUGAGAAGCAACAACAAAGACAAAUUGAUAAAAGACCAAAGAUUUCAAUAUCACAAAAAUUAAUAAAUUUGGAAAAAUUUGUUUUAACAUCAUAUUUAGACCAAAAACCAUUAGACCCAAAGCAAUUUUUCAUUGAAAAACCAGCACAACAAUUAUUGAAUUCAAAUGAAAUUUCAUCUUCAUCAUUUUAUGAAAUUUGUUGUUUAAUUUCAAUUCAUGGAGAAUUAAUUCAAAAAAUUCCAAGUUGUUGGGUUUUAUUAUCAAAAUUAACAAAUUUAUUAAAUGAUUCAAUUAAAACUUUAAAAAAUUUGUCACAAAUUGAUUUAUUUUGUAUUUUGAAAACUUUAAAAAUUUUUAGAUUCAUUUUAAAAUUUAAACAUUCAAAUUAUAUUAAAUAUCGUUGUAUCAUGGGUGCAAAUAUUUAUAAAAUUUUAAAUUUAAUUUUAAAUUCAUUAGAAGGUACAAAUGAUAUGAAUAUAUUGUAUGAAAAUUUUUUUAUUUUUUUAUCAAAAGAUUUAAUUUAUAAUGAAAAUAGAUUAGAUAAUGAAGCUGGUUUUUUAAUACAAUCACCAAUUGAGAUAUCUGAAAUGAUUUUAAAAUCAAAAAUUAUUCAAAAUGAAAUGGAUUUAAAUUUUGAAACUGAACAAGGUGAAUUUAUUAAAGAAUUUGAAAAAUUUUGUGGAAAAAUGAAUUUUAAUCCAGAAUCUGGUGAUUUAUUAAAUGAAUCAAAUGAAUUAGAAUUGGAUUAUUCUGUUGUGGAGGAUAUAUUUAUUUAG